CUAUUCUGAUGCACUGUUGUGCGCAAGCCUUGUAUCCUAUCGUCAGUUACUUUAAAAUGGCGAGUGAAGCAGUUGCAGUGACAAUGAGUAACAAAAGAAAAUUGAAACAUCCUAGAACCUACAAAAGAAACGUUAUUAAGAAAUCCAAUAUAGAAGGAACUGAAUACACAAAUUACGGUGAAAAAUUAGAUCCUGUAAAAACUAUUUGUCAAACAUCUAAUUGUUACAAAAUAAAACUUUGUUUGGAAAAAGUAAUCUUGGCAGAGCGACAAUCCAUGCUAUAUGUGUUUCACAGCUUAAGCAGCAAAAAUAAACAAGACUUAAAUUUGCAACGGUUGAUCGAAUUUAAACCUAUUAAACGAAGGAGGCCACGUGUUAAAGAAAAUCAGCAAGAAUCUAAAUUACGACAAGCUUGUUUUGAAUAUUUUGUAAUGAAAAACAAUAGUCGCAUCAAAGUAUGCCGAAAAGCAUUUGCUCAGCUUCAUCGUAUAUCUGAAAAACGUAUUCUACGAAUAACCCAGUUGCUUGUUAAAGCAGAAACGCCUAAAAAUGAAAGAGGCAAAAAUCCAAAGAUACAUUGCAUUCCAAAAUUAGUACGUCAUCAGAUUUAUGACCACAUUUAG